CGGGGCGGGGCGGGGCUAUGGAGAGGAGGAGGAAGAUGGCGGGAGGGCGGCUCUGAGGAGACCUCGGCGGCGGCGGAGGAGGAGAGAAGCGCAGCGCCGCGCCGCGCCGGGGCCCAUGUGGGGAGGAGUCGGAGUCGCUGUUGCCGCCGCCGCCGCCGCCUGUAACUGCUGGACCCGAGUGGGAGUGAGGAGGAAACGGCAGGAUGAAGUUCGCCGAGCACCUCUCCGCGCACAUCACUCCCGAGUGGAGGAAGCAGUACAUCCAGUAUGAGGCUUUCAAGGAUAUGCUGUAUUCAGCUCAGGACCAGGCACCUUCUGUGGAAGUUACAGAUGAGGACACAGUAAAGAGAUAUUUUGCCAAGUUUGAAGAAAAAUUUUUCCAAACCUGUGAAAAAGAACUUGCCAAAAUCAACACAUUUUAUUCAGAAAAGCUCGCAGAGGCUCAGCGUAGGUUUGCUACACUUCAGAAUGAGCUUCAGUCAUCACUGGAUGCACAGAAAGAAAGCUCUGGUGUUACUACUCUUCGCCAACGCAGAAAACCAGUCUUCCACUUGUCCCAUGAGGAACGUGUCCAACAUAGGAAUAUUAAAGACCUUAAACUGGCCUUCAGCGAGUUCUACCUCAGUCUUAUCCUGCUGCAGAACUAUCAGAAUCUGAAUUUUACAGGGUUUCGAAAAAUCCUUAAAAAGCAUGACAAGAUCCUGGAAACAUCUCGUGGAGCAGAUUGGCGAGUGGCUCAGGUAGAAGUGGCCCCAUUUUACACGUGCAAAAAAAUCAACCAGCUCAUCUCUGAAACUGAGGCUGUAGUGACCAACGAACUUGAAGAUGGUGACAGACAAAAGGCUAUGAAGCGUUUACGUGUCCCUCCUUUGGGAGCUGCUCAGCCUGCACCAGCAUGGACUACUUUUAGAGUUGGCCUAUUUUGUGGAAUAUUCAUUGUACUUAAUGUUACCCUUGUGCUUGCCGCUAUAUUUAAACUUGAAACAGAUAGAAGUAUAUGGCCCUUGAUAAGAAUCUAUCGGGGUGGCUUUCUUCUGAUUGAAUUCCUUUUUCUACUGGGCAUCAACACAUAUGGUUGGAGACAGGCUGGAGUAAACCAUGUGCUCAUCUUUGAACUUAAUCCGAGAAGCAAUUUGUCUCAUCAACAUCUCUUUGAGAUUGCUGGAUUCCUCGGGAUAUUGUGGUGCCUGAGCCUUCUGGCAUGCUUCUUUGCUCCAAUUAGUGUCGUCCCCACAUAUGUGUAUCCACUUGUCCUUUAUGGAUUUAUGGCUUUCUUUCUUAUCAACCCCACCAAAACUUUCUAUUAUAAAUCCCGGUUUUGGCUGCUUAAACUGCUGUUUCGAGUAUUUACAGCCCCCUUCCAUAAGGUAGGCUUUGCUGAUUUCUGGCUGGCCGAUCAGCUGAACAGCCUGUCAGUGAUACUGAUGGACCUGGAAUAUAUGAUCUGCUUCUACAGUUUUGAGCUCAAAUGGGAUGAAAGUGGGGGCCUGUUGCCAAAUGAUCCAAAAGAACCAGAAAUUUGCCACAAAUAUUCAUAUGGUGUGCGGGCCAUUGUUCAGUGCAUUCCUGCUUGGCUUCGCUUCAUCCAGUGCCUGCGCCGAUACCGAGACACAAAAAGGGCCUUUCCUCAUUUAGUUAAUGCUGGCAAAUACUCCACAACUUUCUUCACGGUGACGUUUGCAGCCCUUUACAGCACUCAUAAAGAAUGGAAUCACUCAGACACCAUGGUGUUCUUUUACCUGUGGAUUGUCUUCUGCAUCAUCAGCUCCUGCUAUACUCUCAUCUGGGAUCUGAAGAUGGACUGGGGUCUCUUUGAUAAGAAUGCUGGAGAAAACACCUUCCUCCGGGAAGAGAUUGUAUACCCCCAAAAAGCCUAUUACUACUGUGCCAUUAUAGAGGAUGUGAUACUACGCUUUGCUUGGACUAUCCAAAUCUCAAUUACCUCCAUGACUUCAUUGGCUCAUUCUGGGGACAUCAUCUGUACUGUCUUUGCUCCCCUUGAGGUUUUCCGGCGAUUUGUGUGGAACUUCUUCCGCCUGGAGAAUGAACAUCUGAAUAACUGUGGUGAAUUCCGUGCUGUGCGGGACAUCUCUGUGGCCCCUCUGAAUGCAGAUGAUCAGACACUCCUAGAGCAGAUGAUGGACCAGGAUGACGGGGUACGAAACCGCCAGAAGAACCGGCCAUGGAAGUAUAGCCAGAGCAUAUCCUUGCGCCGGCCUCGCCUUGCUUCUCAAUCCAAGGCUCGUGACACUAAGGUAUUGAUAGAAGACACGGAUGAUGAAGCUAACACUUGAAUCCUCUGACAUCUAGAUUAACAUCCCUGGUUUUUCUACUCUACAAUUCUUUCCUCGACCAACGCAACCUCUAGUACCUUUCCAACCGAAAACAGGAGAAGACACAUAACACAUUUUCCGAGCUCUUCCAGAUCGGAUCCUAUGGACUCCAAACAAGCUCACUGUGUUUCUUUUCUUUUCUUCUGGUUUAAUUUUCGUUUUCUAUUUUUAAAACAAAUAUUUACUUCCUUUUGCCAAUCAGAGGACAUUUUAAGGAACAAAAACAUAGUAUCUUAGGGAUUGUUUACAAUCACAAGGACACAGAUACCUAUCAGGAUGAAGAACAGGUAUUGCAAGGACCCUCUGAUGGGACAGUACCGAGAUACUUUGGCUUCCGCUUGGCCCGGUUUUGACUGGUUGAAACCGGACACUGGUUUUUAAAUUUUUUGUCAGUUUAUGUGGAGAAUUUUUUCCUUUCCUUCAUACCCAGCGCAAAAGCACUGGCUGCACUUGCAGGGAAAGUGCACCUUAGAGCAGUACCUUCAUUCACGAAGCUACUUUUUAAUUUGAUGUAACUUUUCUUAUUUUGGGGAGGGUUGCUGGGUGGGUGGGGUAUAUGAUGUAUUUGUUACAUAUAGUUUUCUCAUUAUUUAUGAAACUUAACCAUAAAAGAAUGAUAUAACUCCUGUGCAAUGAAGGUGAUAACAGUGAAAGGAGACAGGGGAAACUAAUAUUGGACAGCAUUUAUGAGGGUUUAGUCCACAAUACCUCUUUCAUGAGACAACUUGCACCAGUUUGACUUUUUCUUUUCUUUCUUUUUAAUUUUAAGCCAAAGUUUUAUUACUGACUUUUUAAGUUGCUGCUGCUUUAAAAUCCUGAGCAUGUCUUUCCUAACAAAGCAUCCACACACUUCCAUAUAGCCGGUGGAAAUUUAUUGAAGAGGUCUGAUGCAUUUUGUUUUAAAGAACAGAUAUGGAAUACAUUUGCCCAUAUUCCAACCAUAACAACUGAAGUUUUGCCUUGUUAAACUUCAGCAUGUAGGGUAAUUGAAGUAAUAACCUUUACUUACUCUAAAUUAGAAGACAAAGCUAUUUCAGAGACUCUCUACACCCCCAUUGGAUAGUUUUUCUUCUGGGCUCACUUACUUUAGCCAGAAUUUGAUCAAAUUAAAAGUCUGUCUUGGGGAAACUAUAUUUUUGAGAGCAUAGAACAAAUUAUCCUUCCUCUUCCACAUUACAUUGAUAAAACAGACCUUGGCAGCCAUUUCUCCCAGCAGUUUUAAAGGAUGAACAUUGGAUUUCAUGCCAUCCUAUGAUAGAAAACCUGCUUUUAAGAUUUUUUGGGUCUAAACUUGGUCAUACACAAAAAAUAUAUUUCUUAGACAUUUCAGACUAUCACGGUCUGUACACAAUGCCCAUUUUUACUUCUUUGUAUAAUUUCUUUCCUAUGUUCCUAAGUCAUCCAAAUAAGCCCAAAAACCGUAAGGGAUUUUACUUCCUUGAAUAUGGUUGGCAUUAAAUUUAGCAUUUCACUGUCUAACAAAAUUAAUAUAAAUACUAGUAAAAAGUAAAGUGUGUUUUAAUCCUCCCUUCCCCCCCAAAUCCAGAUGAAGAUUCCAAAGUCAACAUUAGUGGAUUUCAUGAAAGUAAAUUACUUAUGUUGUUUUCAGCUUAAUUUUAGAGGAACAAAUGAGUGGAAGGGCGGCUGUCAUCACUGACUUAGUCUUAGAAACAUGUGGUUACUGCCCCCUUAAUAUACCCCUUUUGUCAUCAGCUCUUCUGUGCAUGACAAGUCUUUACUCAUCUCUGUCAUAAUUCCAGUAGAUUAUAUUAAAGUUACUGUUACUACCAAAAUUCUAUCAGUUAACUGAUAGUUUCUCUUUAAAGGAAUUUCUUCCAUCUUUAUUUUGACAAGCUUCCAAAAUUUGUUCCCUUUCUGAACUGAGAUUUUUUUUUUUCCCCUGAAAAGUCAUACAACUUUGUGGCUUUAUUGCUUUUUUAUGCUUUGCCAGGCGUGUUCUUUGGCCCAAAACUGAAGAGAAAAAGUUUAAUUACUUUUUUUUAAGUUAAAAUAAAUUAAAUCAUUUGUAAUAAUCAGUGGUAACAAGUUAGUGACCCUUAAUAGAUUAAAGGUUGCAUUAUUUAUACUUGGGAUUUUUUUUUUUUUAACUAUUCUGUUUUUGUACUUUAAAACUAUGGGGGAAAUAUCACUGGUCUGUUAAGAAAUAGCAGUAAUUAUUACUGAGUUAUAUCAAUAAGUCCAGUGGACCAGUCAUUUCUUGUACAAAUAAAAUUGGUGGUACAGUGUGUAUCCAGA